AUGAGUAAGAGAGAUCUCUUCAGUCUUGACAGAAUUCAUCAAUACUUAAAGCUUCAAGAUUCUCACUCUAGAGAAGAUGAAGAAACUGUAGAAUUCUAUGAACUCAACUCAGCAGUACUUCAAGCAGAGCUCAGGCAUGUCAUGAAAGAGGAACUACAGAUUGAGCUUCUCAGAGUCACUGUCUCUGAAAUCAAGCUCUCUCUGAAGUCCUCUCUGAAUGAUCACAUGAGGUCAUAUGUCACUGUGUUGAUUGAGAGGAGAGGUGGCAUUGCAACAAUGAUGGAAAGAGCAGGGAAUGAACUGAAUGCAAACAAACCAGCUAGCAGAAGAGAUGACAUCCCACUGCAAGGUGCGGCUACUACUGCCACAGCUGCAAGAGAUGCAGAAGAAGAAGAAGGUAUGGCAAUGAGAGCAGUGCUCCCGCAGCUCAUUGACAUCAUCUUCAUCUUCAACCUGACUUUCUUGACAGUCAGAGAGGCUGCAGCUGCAUUAUGA